GCCGGCAGAGUCGGCCGCGCUUUACGCGUCGGCCGACAUAACCGGGACGCUCCAGCCCGGCGAGUGUUACAUCGUCAAGGGCAACCAAGCGUACAUCGGACCUGUUGCCGUUUGGCGCUACCCGUGCCAUGGCCCGGCCGACGUCGGCAUUCUGCAGGCCAGGCAGCCGCCUGCAGGGAUGGCGCUCCCACGAGUCUCGUCUGCAGGCAACGCAAUGGUGUUAAGCAAGUGGGGCGACGUUAACAAGAAGUGGGCCGGCGGAGAUCUCGACGGAGACUUGAACUUCGCCUCGAGCCCAGCCUGCUUCUUGGAUGCUCUGGUGCGGCUGAUCCAGGACACCGCUCCGUACGUGGAUGCGCAGGACUUCGAGGCUUGCUCGAGUGUGAUGCACUGCGCAGCAAUGUGUAUGCAUAUUUCGGUCUGGUGUCUACGAUCCUGGUUUUCCAGGCUAUGGAGGCCGAAGUCCUGA